AUGUCAGCUCUACGCAUUGGGAGACCACUUGGGAGCCCACUUGGGAGCCCACCGCCCUACAGCGCUGCUCCUGACAUGCCGACCACGUCGACGAGUAUGCCCAAGACGACUGUUGAACAAGACGUUGUUGUUCUUGAGGAUGGCUAUAUUGCCAUUCAAACUACGAUCAAGACAAGGCACACGACCAUCACCACCGGCCUCAUCGUAGGACGUUACCAUUUGAUCGUCUCCAUCACCACUGAGUCGACUGCCAUCAUGUUGACCGUGCCACCUAUCGAACAUAACCUUGAUUGUCCAGAGGACAAGCGCGUCUACAGCACAAUGUAUGUCGACCACGAUAUCCAGCCAUUCUUCCAGCAAGCUACCUGGUGA